CAAACUGCGCCUGUCAUGUCGUGAAACUAACAUCCUGUCAUACCAUGCCCGUACAUUAAAAUUACACCAGCAAUCAACAUUAAAAUGCACAAAAUCAAGACAAACAGAUCUUGAGAUGCAAUUAUAUUUUUAUUUUUUUCUUUCUUAAAAACCUUAUUGUUUUUUUUUUAUUCACGGAAUCAUUGACAAAUCUCAUUUUUGGGAGUUUACUUAAUUAUUUCAAAAUUAUUUCGGACAUUUUGGAGUUUGUACGGGCACUCAACAUCAGACAGUUCCACCCUCAAACACAACACAAGCGGAGGGGCAGACUGAAUCUUGGCACUACCAAGAAAGUCGCAGAAUUCACAGCAGAUUAGUUUUAUUUUGACUGCAACUAUUAAUUUCGCGUUGAAAUGGCCGAGAACGUUGAGGACAUCACAAAGAACAUAUCUGAGCUAACCGUGCUAUCAUUUCGGAAGCUUGAUGACGUCAAAAAGCUGGCAAAACACUUUACUAAGAUCAUCAAUCAUCCUAUAACAGAACAAAGUCCAAGCAUUCAACGUUACCUAAAGAACUUACAGGAAACGCACAAGAGGAUAAUUUUCCAAAAACGCGACAGCGUCGAAGUUGAAUACAUUUUUACGACUGAGAAGAAAAGUAGCCUGCAACGGCAAAGGUUUAACAGUCUACCGGUGAGCGAAGUUCCCGAAUUGCUGAAAAACGAAUUCAUAGCUGUCGAAAACGCGAGACAAGUUCACAUAUGCACAGACUGUGACGUCGAGAUAGAGUUAAACGAUGAAGAGCCACUCAUGGAAUCUUUGCAGAAGCACUUCAAUCUUGAAGUGCAUCUUCCGAAGUUGAAACGGGAAAGCAUCGAUGUCGCUGAACCUGUAAUACUGCCAAAUAUGUCGAGAAGACUGUCGGCGCUGGAAUGUGGAGAAAUGCCAGUAUUAAGUCUAGAACAACUAAGACUCCGGAAUCCCGUGGAAAAGUUGGAUCGUAAUCUCUGCAGCAAAUUAACUAACGUGCUGCUAAAAGUGCUGCCAGAUACCUCGGAAGCAAGCAUCGCCGAAGCACUGAAUAUUUACCAGGAAACAUACGACAAGCUAUGCCAGGACGUCUCGAAUAUAGAUUUUACAAAUCAAACCAGCUCCGUAGCUCCCAUCAUAAUGAGUAUUCGUGACAACGUCUACCAGAAUUUUUCGGCCGAUGCAAACAAAAACACAGACAACGAUGAAAAUGAGCAAUCGCCAGAGAAACCUAAAGCUCAGACAAAGAAAUACAGGUAUUACGGACCGAUCGAAGCUUCUAUUGUGAAAUUACUGUUGAAUCACAAAUUAGUGUCGUUGGUUGAUGACCGCACCGGGAAGCUAGCAUUCUUCUGCAUCGCCUGCGAGUACUACACGCUCAGAUUCCACUACGAUAGCGUUCUCAGUCACGUGUUCAGCGAAACUCACGUCCACAACCUGUCCUGUAUUAUGCAAUCCGACAAGCACAUCCCGUUUUUAAUGAGCGAAACCACAAUUGAGAGCAUCAAAGAAAUGAACGCGAAAUUCCUUUCCGGUCAUAACAUCACAGCCACCGCAUCCGGACUUAACUGCCGGCUCUGCAAACAAAACAUAGAGACCGCCGAAGCGACCAUACUCCACUUAUUAGACGAGAAACACUUAGCCAUGCUCUCAGACGAUUUGUACUUAAAAAUGAAAGCGACGAGCCCGAACGGGCAAAUUCCUGAAGAAUGGGGACCAAAGGACUUGAGCUGGUCCAAGUAUUUGGCCAGCGUGGGCAAACCGGUUAACAACCGCGACCACGUUAUCAUAGAGAACUUUAUUAAACCUUCCGGGAAAGUAGGCAAUUUCUGCACCUGCUGCGAUAUGACGCUGAAAGGGCCCCGACAGGUCCUGUUCAACCAUAUCCGUCAGAAGAAGCACCUUCGUAACGCGGCACCAAAGAAGCUCGCCCUCCUCUACAAAAACUACUGCCGCCCCUCCGAGUACUACGCGUCGUUCGGUAACUUUUACAUUUGUUCGAUUUGCCCUGAAUACGUGGCGGUGCCUUCGUUCGCGAACAUCGUCGAACAUUUCGAAAGCAACGAACACAUGGAGACCGUAGCCAAACUUCUCCGUCUGGCCGUGAACAACGAAGUCGACAAACAAUUUGCGGCACUGAAUAAAAUCGAAGAUCUGAAAUGCGUUUAUUGCAACUUCGAUUUUCGGGAUAACCGUGAGGCCGUCAAACAUGCGCUUUCUAAUGUGUACCACCAGAGCGCCGUCGCGGAGACGAAGCUGAACGCGAACAGAGCGGAUAUAAUAAGCGUUUACAUGAAGGGAAAUUACAUCUUGCACAGCGAAGGAGCGUCCUUUACGUGCGUCAAUUGCAAUGGCGUAUUCAAUUCGAUUCGGUCGCUUUUGAUGCAUUUAGUGCACGCCGAGCACUUUGCUUACAGACCGCCGGCGGAGUGCACCUUCCGUUAUUAUCUCGAAUUAAAACACAACAUUAACAUGCUGGCGAAAAACAAAUACGUUUAUUACUCGUUUGGGAGGUUCAAAUGUGGCGUUUGCGACGCGGACAUCGAGGAGGGUGAGAACGCGAAACGACAUGUCCUAUCGCCGAAGCAUAGAGAGAAUAUGGGUGCCACAUACAUCAAUGAGGACGCGUCCGCCGUCGAGUAAGAUGCUAAGCAAAUGCUGUGGAGGUCAUAAAUAAAAGAUUAAGUUUUUUUUUCCUCUUUAUUAUAUACAAUAUGUAAAGGAGAAAUCAUAGACGUUUUACAUGUUUUAAAUAAAUAAAUGAAAUGGUUUC